GCAGAGCGUUUGCCCUGUUUGCAUUGGAUGCCUCGGGCAACCACAGUUUGCUCCCGAGAUUGAUACAUACGGAAGUGUUACUGGAUAGGCUAUAUCAUUGUCUAUUGGUGUGGUUCAAGUCUACUCGGACGAUAUCACUUUACUAGCACUCAUUAAGUCUGAAUGACAGCUGAUAUCUGAUAUAUUGCCUCUAUCGAGUAGACCUUCACAUGCGACUGGAUCUAUUAUGUACUGUGGUAGCUGUUGAAUAGUUGUAUUGGGCGAGCGUAGACUCUAUUAUUACAUUGCCGCUCCUUACAUCUUGUUUCUUAGGCUUUAGAUACCCCCUGGUUUCCCUUUUCUACCAAUCGUCUGUUUGGAUACUGGAUAUACCCAGAUAUCUGGAUAGAAGAGUCAUACUCUUUCUGGAAAGGUCUAUCAUCGCUCUGAAUUUUCAUCAAGAUGCCAAUCACUGGGGUCUUCUUCAUCCCAUCAAACCCCAACGCCUCCACGGCGUUCGCUACAGUUACAGAGCGUCUUCAUUCAUCAUUAGCCGAUGAACCUAUUCCCGUGGGCCGCUGGGCCCUAGAGCACAAACUGAUGCGGGACACCCCAUCCUGCUUGCCUGCAUCUGCGUCCCAGCGUCCCACACAGCCGAGGUACAUGCAGUUCCUCUCGCUGACCUAUUUUCCAAACCAUGGGUUCAUUUAUACAUCUCCGCCACCAGAAAAGGUGCCUCACACUCAACAUGGCGCUGGUACUCCCGGCACAGUAGCUCCAGGGGCACCGAGUCCCGCCUCUUCAACCCCAAUCCCACAACAGACCGCGACACCUACACAGGCUCCAGCCCCGAACAGUCAAGAUCAUUCGUCAAUGGUCAUGACGACUGUUCCAUUGCCGGCGUGCAGUACACUCUUUCAGCACUUUGUUUACGCCUGCCAACCAUUCUGGUGCCAUCGACACACUGUUACGGUUCCUGGUGGUGUCGUCUAUGAUGUUGGUGAUUUUCGGGUCCGAAUUGGUGAUGUACGACAGACGCAGCCGGCUGCAAGGGUCAGGGGUACGGUUGUAGAGAUAGAAUGGAAAGGUCCGUCUUUAGUGACGUCCAUCGCGUCGCUAUUUAGCCAGUCCAAAAAGGCGUUUGGCGGACCUAGAGAUAGCGGCGUACCCGAUGAUGACGGUGACUCUGGGAUUGACAUGGCGUUUCCUGAAGGUCUCGAGGAGGCAGAUAUUGAUGCUGAGUAUGCUGCGACUGCAACUUUGAUUCGAGAGUUCUGGGCGCGCUUGGGCAUUCAAGGGGCGCGGGAAGCGAUUCUGGUACAGGAUAUCGGCAGGGAAUCCAAAGAGCAGUUGCGAAAGUUGAAGCAGCUAGGGGACCAGAAAGCGCGCCAACCAUCUACCAGUAUCGUGGGAAGCGGGCAGCAGGAUGAAGAUCCCGACCCGGAAGCUGGAGUUGACGUGGCGAGGCAAUUCAUGGAAAUUUUUAGAUUCAAUCGCUAAAGGGUGCAGAACGUUGCA